CUUCCCAGACCAGGGCACGAACCCACGUCCCCUGCAUCGGCAGGCAGACUCUCAACCACUGCGCCACCAGGGAAGUCCCGGCCCUAGACUUUUUGAUCAAGCACCUCCAACACCAGAAAUCCAAAACGAAGACCAGAAAUGAGGCCAGAAAUCCGAAAUGAAGGUGUGGGCAGGGUUGGCUCCUUCUCGAGGCUCAGAGGGAGAAUCUGCCCCACGCCGCUCCUCUAGCUCCCUGGGGUGGCCCAAACCCCUUGGCGCUCCAGGGCCUACAGCCGCAUCCCUCCAAUCUCUGCCCCCGUCUUCACACGCCUUCUCCCCUGUGUGUCUGCGUCCUCUCCUCUUUCUAUAAGGACACAGUCAUUCUAUGUGGGGCCCACCCUAAAUGCAGGAUGGUCUCAUCUUGACAUCCUUAAUUUGAUUACAUCUGCAAAGACCCUUAUUCUAAGUAAGAUUGCAUUCACAGGGACCAGGACAGAUCUACCCGCCCACCGUUACAUAGAGGAAGGUGCUCGAUAUUUACUUAGCGAUGGAGGUGUUGAUGCAAAAGUCUAGGGUACCCCGUAGAGUGGGAAUGUUUCUGGCAUGGCCUCUCCUUUCAGGGUGGGACCACAUCUUACGCCUUGAGGUCCCCCAGCUGCUCAAUGGGAUGGAGGAGAUGGGGUCCGGUCGGGGCUGCUGGAGGCUCACUCAGGAGCCCUCUCAGGCUUAUUAAGAUGGGCCAAGCACAGAGGCGCAGCCAGGUCUCCCCGCCUGCACCUGGCGGCCACAGCACCGCCAUCUUGCCCACCACCCUCCCCCAUCAGACUAGGUUAGAGCAGCGCUGCCACUGCUGUCAGCCCUCCUUGCUCCCAUCCUUUCCAGCGGGGCAUGUCUCACCAUGUGAUUGAAGAAAUGCUGGGGUAAUUACUUCUUUAAGGCUUAUCUCCUCCCCAGGAUCCUGCCUGUCCGGUUCCUUCCGCCCCUGUAGGCCCUCGAGAGAUCACUGUGCCCUGAAUGAAUGAGGUCAGGUGUGAGUGAUCCGAACCCUGGUCCGAGGGAGCCUGCAGGGUGGGCUGCGUCGCAGUGAGGCACCCGACCCGUCCAGGGGGAAGGAAUUGCUCCACAUGGGCUCCCUGGGACCCUUCCGGGGACAGCAGCUGUUCCACAGGUGAUGACUGCCCACCUGCUCGGUGCUGGAGAUCAAGGUAGAGAGACAGGCAGAGGGGCAGAGUGCUGCCAGGCCCCGCCUCCCGACCGAGAGCAGACCCUGCCCUGGGCCCUCCCCCAUGCCUCCUCCAUCCUCCCUGUGCAAAGCCUCUGCCUACAACUCCCACGCUGGGAAGCCCGGGAAAGAGAUCCCACGUGUUCCCAUCCUGCCCGGUGUGAAAGCCCAGACCAGCCAACGCUGUGAAUUAAUUACCGCGGACGGACAGGCCCUGGGAUGGGCACUUCCCAGAACUCCGGCUGUGAGCCUGCCCGGCUUUUCUUUGGCGCUCAGCUCUUAGAAAUCCCUUGGGGCAGCACCUCCCAGCACAGCGUGGGCGGAUUUGUGUUCCAGUUGUCCGGCUUCUUCCGGGAAUUGGCAAACUCCUUUUCACAGCCCUGCCCCUCACACCCUGCCUGGAGCCUUCAUGGGUGUUCACACACUCUGCUGCUGCCUGGGUCAAGGAAGGCAUUACUCAGGUCUAAAUAUUUUGAUCCAAAAAAAAAAAUCCCCACACCCACUGCCCAAGAAAUGGGCCUCGUUUCCCUUUCUUCGUCCUGAACCGCAGCCAGCAGGUCCUGAGGACGCUGGGCCGGAGAAGACGGUGACCGUGCGCCCCGUCAGUCCCUGCCAAGCUGGGAGCCACCCCUGCCAACAGCACCUUCUCAUCCGGGCCAGGAGAAGAUGAUGUGCGAGGUGAUGCCGACCAUCAGUGAAGCAGAAGGCCCCCCAGGAGGAAGUGGGAGCCAUGGGUCCAGCUCCCCUUCUCAGCCAGAUGCAGAUUCACAUUUUGAACAGUUGAUGGUCUCCAUGCUGGAAGAGAGGGACCGUCUCCUUGACACUCUGAGAGAGACCCAAGAAACGCUGGCCUUAACCCAGGGGAAGUUACACGAGGUUGGUCACGAAAGAGAUUCCUUGCAGAGGCAGCUCAAUACCGCGCUUCCACAGGAGUUUGCAGCACUUACUAAAGAACUAAAUGUAUGCAGGGAACAGCUCCUCGAAAGAGAAGAAGAAAUUGCUGAACUGAAAGCAGAAAGGAACAACACCAGGCUGCUGCUGGAACAUCUGGAGUGCCUGGUCUCGCGGCACGAGCGGUCCCUCAGGAUGACGGUGGUGAAGCGGCAGGCGCAGUCCCCGGCAGGCGUGUCCAGCGAGGUGGAAGUGCUUAAAGCACUGAAGUCGUUAUUCGAGCACCACAAAGCCCUGGAUGAGAAGGUGAGAGAACGGUUACGAGUAGCACUUGAAAGGUGUAGUUUGUUAGAAGAAGAAUUAGGUGCCACACAUAAGGAGCUAAUGAUUCUUAAAGAACAGAAUAACCAGAAAAAGACACUAACGGACGGGGUGCUUGACAUAAACCACGAGCAAGAGAACACGCCGAGCGCGAACGGAAAGAGAUCUUCUGAUGGUUCUCUAAGCCACGAGGAAGACCUGGCUAAAGUGAUUGAGCUCCAGGAAGUCAUAGACAAGCAGUCAAGGGAGCAGAGCCAGAUGAAGGAGCGCCUGGCCGCCCUGUCCAGUCACGUGACAGAGCUGGAGGAAGAUCUGGACACGGCCAGGAAAGACCUCAUCAAAUCUGAGGAAGUGAACACAAAGUUGCAACGGGAUGUCCGUGAAGCCAUGGCCCAGAAGGAAGACAUGGAAGAGAGAGUCACUACUCUCGAGAAACGCUACCUCGCAGCACAGCGUGAAGCCACCUCUGUGCACGACCUCAACGAUAAACUGGAAAAUGAAAUUGCAAAUAAGGAGUCUAUGCAUCGACAGACUGAGGAUAAAAACCGCCAGUUGCAAGAGCGCCUGGAGCUGGCGGAGCAGAAGCUGCAGCAGACCCUGCGGAGAGCGGAGACCCUCCCCGAGGUGGAGGCGGAGCUGGCCCAGCGGGUGGCCGCGCUCUCCAAGGCCGAGGAGAGACACGGCAACAUCGAGGAGAGGCUGCGCCAGAUGGAGGCCCAGUUGGAGGAGAAGCACCAGGAGCUGCAGCGGGCAAGGCAGAGAGAAAAAAUGAACGAAGAACACAAUAAACGUUUAUCAGACACUGUUGACAAGCUGCUUUCAGAAUCCAACGAGCGGCUUCAGCUCCAUCUUAAAGAGAGAAUGGCAGCUCUGGAAGACAAGAAUUCCCUCCUACGAGAAGUUGAAAAUGCAAAAAAGCAAUUAGAAGAAAUGCAACAUGAUAAGGAUCAGCUCGUACUAACCCUGGAAGCCUUGAGAGCUGAACUGGACCAGACGGGGCUGAGAGGGGCUCCCCUACACCACAGCCGACCCCACUUGGGCAGCGUCCCAGAUUUCAGGUUCCCCGUGGCAGACGGGCCCUCGGACUCCUUCAGCAGCAGCGCGGUGUUGCGACGCCCGCAGAAAGGCCGGCUGGCAGCGCUGCGCGACGAGCCUUCCAAGGUGCAGACCCUGGACGAGCAGGACUGGGAGCGCGCGCGGCAGGCCAGCGUGCUGGCUCACGUGGCGCAGGCAUUCGAGAGCGGCGCGGACGUGCCUGACGGCGCCGGCGACGGGGACACGCUUUUCAGCUCGGCCACUCUGCUGUCGCCCAGCGGGCAGGCCGAUGCCCAGACCCUGGCCAUGAUGCUUCAGGAGCAGCUGGACGCCAUCAACAAAGAGAUCCGGUUGAUACAAGAAGAAAAGGAGAACACGGAGCAGCGGGCGGAGGAGAUUGAGAGCAGGGUGGGCAGUGGGAGCUUAGACAGCCUUGGUCGUUUUCGAUCAGUGAGCUCCAUCCCCCCGUACCCUGCUUCCUCUCGGGCCAGCUCUUCCCCUCCCAGCAGCGGGCGGCCCACCCCUCGAAGGGCCCCGCACAGCCCGGCAAGGGAAGUGGACAGACUAGGCGUCAUGACUCUGCUGCCGGCUUCCCGAGACGAGGUACGAGACGACAAGACGACCAUCAGAUGUGAAACCUCACCCCCCUCGUCCCCACGAUCCCUUCGGCUGGACCGGCUGCACACAGGGGCGCUGCACACAGCCAGCCACGAGGACAUCAGGGACGCACGCAACUCGACAGGCUCGCAGGACGGCCCCGCGAGCAACCCCAGCAGUAGCAGCAGCAGCCAGGACUCGCUGCACAAAGCCCCCAAGAAGAAGGGCAUCAAGUCCUCUAUCGGCCGCUUGUUCGGCAAGAAAGAGAAGGGCCGGCCUGGGGCCCUGGGCAAGGAGUCGCUGGGACAAGCUGUUAUUUCAGAGACAGAAAACUCAUCUCAAGAUGCCUUGGGACUCAGCAAAUUGGGAGGACAGGCUGAAAAAAAUCGUAAACUUCAAAAAAAGCACGAAUUGCUCGAAGAAGCCCGGAGACAAGGCUUACCCUUUGCACAGUGGGACGGGCCAACUGUUGUCGUCUGGCUGGAGCUCUGGGUCGGGAUGCCGGCCUGGUACGUGGCUGCUUGCCGAGCCAACGUGAAGAGCGGGGCCAUCAUGUCCGCCCUGUCGGACACGGAGAUCCAGCGCGAGAUCGGCAUCAGCAACCCUCUGCACCGGCUGAAGCUGAGGCUGGCGAUUCAGGAGAUCAUGUCCCUGACAAGUCCGUCAGCCCCUCCUACGUCAAGAACGCAGACACUGGCGUACGGGGACAUGAACCACGAGUGGAUCGGCAACGAGUGGCUGCCCAGCCUGGGCCUCCCGCAGUACCGCAGCUACUUCAUGGAGUGCCUCGUGGACGCGCGGAUGCUCGACCACUUGACCAAGAAAGACCUUCGCGGGCAGCUGAAAAUGGUCGAUAGUUUUCACAGAAACAGUUUCCAGUGUGGAAUUAUGUGCCUGCGAAGGUUAAAUUAUGACCGGAAAGAACUGGAAAGAAAAAGAGAAGAAAGCCAGAAUGAACUGAAAGAUGUGCUCGUUUGGAGCAACGAUCGAGUGAUUCGCUGGACCCUGUCCAUUGGUCUCAAGGAAUACGCAAACAACCUCGUAGAGAGCGGUGUGCACGGCGCCCUUCUGGCCCUAGACGAAACCUUCGACUUCAACGCGCUGGCCCUCUUGUUACAGAUCCCCACGCAGAACACACAGGCUCGUGCUGUCUUGGAAAGAGAGUUUAACAACCUUUUGGUCAUGGGGACCGACAGAAGGUUCGAUGAAGAUGAUGAUAAAAGCUUUAGGAGAGCACCUUCUUGGAGAAAAAAAUUUAGACCAAAGGAUGUUCGUGGCUUAGCUGCUGGGUCAGCAGAGACUCUCCCCGCAAACUUCCGGGUCCCGUCCUCUCUGUCCUCGCCCUCUGUGCAGCCAAAGAAGAUGCAGCUGGACGGCAGCGUGGCGGGAGCGCAGAGGCUGGACUCCGCUGCAGUCAGGACUUACUCCUGCUGAGCCAACGCCGUUUACCCACACUACUUCUACAGAUGAUUAUGCAGCAUUUUGAAUCCAGCGAAGACUACAUUUUGAGCUCAACGGAAUCUUUAAUCUGUUAAUACUUGUUAUAUGGACCCUAAGAUAUUUUAUUACAGAGUUUUUAAUUAGUGAAAAAUUCAUGAAUACCAUAGAGAAAAUAUUUUAGAAUUUAAUGUUUCUUAUAUUUAUGUAAACUUAUGACUUCAUUUAUAUAGUUACUUACUUUUUCAUGUAUAUCCAGGCUAUAAAUAUCCUUUCAGAUCAAUUCAUGUUCUUAUAUCUGAUUUUAGUCUUUCAAAGGAAUGUACUGUAAUGCUUGUAUGUAUAAAUCCUAUGAACAAAUAUAGGGCUUUUGUAAAUUAUGCAUUUAUUGUAAUUAUUCUUGUUUAAUUUUUUAAUGAUAAACCAUGACAGAGCAAAGGAUUUUACCGCGUUUGUAAAAUCAUGACACAGUGUGCAUUACCCUUUACAAAAUGUAACCUAGCCCUACAACAAUCAUUUUGAAAGAAGCCAACUUACUUUCAAGCAAUUGUUGUUGUAUUUUAAUGACUGACCUUAGCUAUCCUUUUUCUAGCAAGAAAUGCUUUACUCUGUAGCGUGAAGAGAUUAAAAAUACGGGGUGUUAAAGAGCAGCUUCUAAUCAAAUUUGGACUGAAGGGAUCAUUAGAACGCUCUGAAAAUCCCUUCGGACCGGUGGUGAGCUCUCCCGUAGCCUGGCCUCUGUGGAUCCGGACACCUCGUCUUGGGUGGCUGGCAGAAGCCGCGAGCUGGGGGAAGAGCGACUCCGGUGGGGGGGUGGGGCCUGGGCCCCCGCAGCCCGCCGCGCCCGCCCCCUUCCCCGCCCCCCUCCUGGGAAGCCGGGUCAAGGGCGCCGACUCUUAGAGGACCAAUCACGAAGCACUGCACUCGCUGAGGAGACACUGGCGCACGCGGAAGGUGAAGGCACUGAGAUGCUGAGAAUAACGUAGUGCGGCUCUAAUGAAGGCCUUAUUUUUCUGAUGUAAAUCAUCCUUUUACAUUUGUCUGUAAACAUGUUUAAAGAAUGGACCUAGCCGUACAUUUUUAGAUUUUGACGAUAUAGCCAUUUUGGAUUGCAUAAGUAGCAAAUGUAACUUCUACUUUUUAAUGGCAUAUUAAAAAGCCAGCAGGAGACGUGUUCAGAUCAUGGCGCAUUAUUCAUUACGCAGCUGCUGUACCGGUGGACAGAGGUGGCGCGUCUUUUUACCUUCGGGCUCUGCCUUUAAUUUACUUGUACAGUUCACUGUUACCGUUCUGUUUUUCUAUUCAUCUUUUGUGAACUUCCUGAUUAUGUAACAAAGUAUGUACAGUCUACUUUUGAACUAUUUUUAUCACAGUAUUAUUUAUUGCUUUCUUUCAAUAAAGUACCGAAGCAGAAUUUUCCACUGCCAA